GCAUGUCAUUGACCCUAUUAUUAUUACUGUUAUUUCAUGUUACUGACACAUACAAAAUCCUCGUUGUCAUUCCCAAGCUAGCUUAUAGUCACAUGAAUUUCAUGGGUAAAAUUGCUGAUGUACUCGUGGAUGCUGGACAUGAUGUGGUAACAUUACAACCUGUGCUUGCGCCAGUUCCGAGCAACGGCACAAAAAAGUCACGACUCAUCCAAGUGGAUGCCGAUCAAAAAAUGAUCGCUCCAAUGUUAGCCAACUUCCAGAAGGAUCAUGACACCAAAUGGAGUGAUGACGCUACGAAUCCUAUGCAAUUUUACAGAGUCGUCCCUAUGAUACAAGAAUACGCUAGAGCCUGUGUGAGGACGCUCCUCAAUGAUGUACAGGUUCUAGAAGAGUUGAAAUCCGAGAAUUUCGAUGUCGGCAUUACAGAAUUGUUCGACUUCUCUGGCUUUCCUGUGUUUGAGGCGAUAGGACUAAAGAAUAUCAUUGGUGCACAUUCGAUUUCGAGUUUGAUGGAAGGCACCGCCUAUGCUGUGGGUGUCCCAGUAAUAUCCAGCUAUAUGCCAGCUUCACAAGGAAUCACGGAUGACUCCACCUCCAUCUCAACUCGCGUUAAAAAUAUUAUCUACACAUAUCUCUCCUUCCACUUUCAAAAUAGCGCAGCAAGAGCUGCAGAAGAAAUCAUGUUUGAAAAGCUCGGAAAAUCUGCCACUCCGAUAUGGGAUACUGUAUCAAACAUGACAUGGUUGCUCACCAAUGCUGAGCCGUUGUUUGAAUUCGCAAAGCCCACAUUGAAUAAGAUUGUGGAUAUUGGUGGCAUUGGAGUUGAUAAGCCAAAGCCCCUCGAGAAGGAUUGGGAUCGCAUCUUAAGCCUGCGUCCUCGAACUAUACUCAUCUCUUUUGGAUCUGUUUUGCGUGGUGUGAAUAUGCCUGAACUAUACAAACAAUCCGUCAUGAACCUUGUGAAGUCCGAUCUCGAUACCACAUUUAUUUGGAAGUAUGAGGAACCAGAGAAUGCAGCAUUUGCGGACGGUGUGGACAAUCUGAUAUUGUCGAAGUGGACUCCUCAGACAGACAUACUCGCGGAUGAUCGUUUGACGCUAUUCAUCACACACGGUGGUGCUGGCAGCUUGUUCGAAAGUGCCACUUACGGCAAGCCUUUGAUUGUCGUCCCGCUAUUCGGUGACCAGAUUCGUAAUGCAAGACUUGUCGAGAAAUUCGGUUUCGGCAUGAUGCUGGAUAAAUCGAAUCUCGACAACGUCGAUGCAUUGCGGCUAGCUGUCGAAACAUUUCUUGGAAACAAAAAGUACAUCGCCGCAGCUCAUCGAAUCCGUGAUAUUCUUGCCAAACGACCGUUCUCUCCUGAAGAGAAAUUAGACGAAAGCUCAACUUUAUAGUGUAUCACAAUAUUGACAUUCUUCUGUUGUUCACAGGAUUUUGUAUACUUUCGUUUCUCUG